AUUAGCAACAGUGUAUGCAUCAUCGGGUAAUAUUUUUACGAAAUUCCGAAAUUUCAUUUGUUUAUCUCAAGUGAUGAUUUGUACAGUUUAUACGAAGUGGUUCAGACGUUGCACAAAAAAAAGAUCUCUUAUGAAUGCGAAUAAAGUUUGCAAAGGCUGUCGUGAUUUCAUUUGGUAUAUUCUUUUGAAUUGUAAAGAUUCAAAGGACGAAUGUAUAGAGCUUGAGAAAAUACCGGCCGAUCAUGAAGUUCAUAGUGUGCGUCAUCUCAACACUGAUACUGCAGACGUCGGCUAUAAUCCAAUCUCCACCACGGAUAUCCAAACAACCCCCGACAGAUGAGCAGUUAUUUCAAGUGGCUCAAGCAAAGAUUAAUGAGAAUGACAAACCGUUUUUAAUCGAAUGUGAAGCAGAAGGAGAACCUGCACCGAGGUAUCGCUGGAUUAAAAAUGGAAAAAAUUUUGAGUGGCCAGCAUAUGAUGAUCGUAUAUCUCAGCAGCCAGGUAGAGGCACACUAGUUAUUUCAAGACCUCGAGAUGAAGAUUUGGGCCAGUACCAGUGUUUUGCAGAGAAUGAAUGGGGAACAGCAACAUCUAACUCUGUUUUUGUUCGAAAAGCUGAACUAAAUUCAUUCAAAGAUGAAAAUCCCAUAAGUCUAGAUGCUAAUGAAGGACAGCCAUUUAAAUUAACCUGUCAACCGCCAGAUGGUUGGCCAAAACCAAACGUAUAUUGGAUGAUUCAAAAUAUUGCUGGAAGCAUCAAAUCGAUCAAUAAUUCGCGAAUGACGUUAGAUCCUGAGGGUAAUCUUUGGUUCAGUAAUGUAACCAGAUACGAUGCCUCUGAUGAUUUUUAUUAUGCGUGUGCUGCCACGUCGUUAUAUAGAAACGAAUACAAAAUAGGAAAUAGAGUUUUAUUACACGUUAUUUCUUCCGGAACGUCAGCUAGUCAAAAUAAACACGAACCCGUCAAACAGUAUGUUAGUAGAAAAAAUGAAGUUGCCUUACGCGGUAAUAAAAUCGAAUUAUAUUGCAUAUACGGUGGAACACCAUUGCCGCAAAUAGUGUGGAGCAAAAAUGGUCAACCGAUUAAAACGAACGAUAGGAUAACGCAAGGGAAUUACGGUAAAUCGUUGAUAAUCAAACAUGUCAAUUUCAAAGAUGAAGGAACGUAUACCUGUGAGGCAUCUAACGGAGUAGGAGAUGCGAAAUCAAACUCUAUAAACUUGCAAGUAAUGGCAGUACCAUUUUUCACUAUUGAACCUGAAAUUAUAAAUGCAGCUGAAGACGAGACUGUUGAAUUCAAAUGCGCAGCUAGUGGAGUACCCACUCCUGAAAUUAAAUGGAUUCAUAAUGGCAAACCGAUAUCUGAAGCACCACCGAAUCCGCGUAGGAAAGUUACAGCGAAUUCCAUCAUUAUAGAAAAACUAACCAAGAAAGAUACGGGAAAUUAUGGUUGCAAUGCAACUAAUUCAUUAGGUUAUGUAUACAAAGAUGUAUAUGUAAACGUGUUAGCUUUAGAGCCUGAAAUUAUACAACCACCGGCGGACAUGGCUACUGUCGAUGGUAAAACAGUAAGAAUCACUUGUCGCGUGUUCGGAGCACCAAAACCAGCUGUAAAAUGGAUACGGAAAGGUCAAGAAUUAACCGGAGGACGAUACAAAACUUUAGAUUCCGGGGAUUUAGAAAUUGAAAAUGUAAUAUUCUUGGACGCUGGUGUUUAUACGUGUCACGCUUCGAAUAAAUUUGGAGAAGUAGAGGCGACUGGUAAUUUGGUAGUGAAAGAACAUACGAGAAUCACGGAUGAACCUGAGGAUUAUGAAGUUGCUGCAGGUUCUACUGCAACAUUUAGGUGUAAUGCUGUUACAGAUUCAAGUUUGACUCUAACAAUUGAUUGGUUAUCCAAUGGAAAACCUAUAGACUUUGAGAUGGAACCACGGUUCAUACGAAGCACCGAUUACUCCUUAAUGAUCACAAAAACGACUGAAUUAGAUUCUGGUACUUACACGUGCGUCGCACGUACAGAGUUAGACGAGACAAAAGCACAAGCAACGCUGAUUGUUCAAGAUGUACCGAACCCGCCGAAAUUACUUAGCGUUAAAUGUAUGGAAAACGAAGCUUCCGUACAUUGGACGCCUAUGGGUGAUAAUAGGGCUUCUAUCUUAAGAUAUACCAUUCAGUAUAACACCACUUUCACACCAGACACGUGGGAAAUAUCUAAAGAUGCCGUACCAGCCACUGAACAAACCUAUGUCGUUCCAAUGUCGCCAUGGGCGAAUUAUACGUUCCGUGUAUUAGCGUGGAAUAAAAUAGGACCGUCGUUACCAUCGCCGCACAGUGAUGUGUGCACCACCUUGCCAGACGUUCCUUAUAAGAACCCGGACAAUGUCGCGGGUAAAGGAACCACGCCACAAAAUCUCGUUAUAUCCUGGACAGCGAUGCCACAAAUCGAGCACAAUGCACCGAAGUUCAUGUACAGAGUAUAUUAUAGACGGGACAUACCAGGAGAGAAGUGGACCAUAGAGGACAUACAGGAUUGGAAAAAGAAUAGUUUAGUGGUAGACAAUCAACCUACUUAUCAAAGAUACAAGAUCAAAGUUGUGGCUAUCAAUGCUAGAGGAGAAUGUAGAGUUGCGCCGGAAGAAGUAACUGGAUACUCUGGAGAAGAUGUGCCUCUACAAGCACCCACUAACUUCACACUGAAUCAAAUAAAGUCCAGCACAAGUGCACAGUUUUCUUGGAACCCUGUUCCCGAGGAAUCAGUGCGGGGCGAAUUACAAGGAUACAAAAUUCAAACGUGGACGGAGAAGGAUGGCGAGAAGGGGCUGCGAGAGAUCGAUAUAAGAGGUGGGAACAGAUCCCACGCAUUAGUCACCAAGUUUGUUCCAUUUAGCAAGAACUACGUUAGAAUACUAGCGUAUAAUGGCCGAUAUGCUGGACCACCUUCUGAAACUUUGAGUUUUGACACACCAGAGGGAGUUCCAGGAACGGUUCUCAGUCUCGAAGCGUUCCCAAUGGGUUCCAGUGCUUUGUUCUUAGUGUGGACAAAACCUGCUGAACCGAAUGGUAACCUGACUGGUUACAGAAUUUAUUACGAACUCGUAAAUGGAACUACGUUAGGGCCUCUAUUAGAGAGGAAACCGCACAUAACGGAUCCAGAAGCCACAAGUGCGAAAUUGGCUGCGUUAGCGCCCGAUACGAAAUAUCGUGUACACAUUCGGGCUACGACGAAAGUUGGCCAAGGAAACGAUUACUUCAUCGAACAGAAGACGCGUACGUCUCAGCGCCCAGAUGUGCCUCAAUUUACCUGGGAAUCGAUUCCAAAAGAGAACGGAUAUUCGAACGUUAGAAUUAUUUGGCAGCUGAACCUCAAUGGAAAUCCAGGCAGCCACUUUUUUGUGAAGUACAAGCUCAAAGGCGAAACGAUAUCGGCCGAAACGGAGCCGGAAUAUCAAUCGAACACGAUCGAAAUACGUGGACUUCAAAGCGGUGAAGUUUACGUAAUGUCCGUCGUUGCCGUUGACGGAGUUUAUUUAACGGAAAGCGAACCGCAGGAAGUGGAAACAAGUAGCGAAGGACCUAUCAUACAGCCUAAAGAAAAUGUCGCAACAGCUGGAUGGUUCAUAGGAAUGAUGCUCGCGAUUGCCUUCCUUCUUUUGGUACUUAUAAUCGUGUGCGUUAUAAAACGUAACAGAGGUGGAAAGUACGCGGUGCACGAGAGAGAAUUGGCAGCUGGUCGCGGUGACUAUCCGGACGAAGGCGGAUUCCAUGAAUAUUCGCAACCUUUAGAUACUAAAUCAGCAGGUGGUCGCGCAUCUUUGGCAUCGUCUUCUCAUCAAGAUGGAAAGCAUCCGGAGUCGGACACCGAUUCCAUGGCUGAAUACGGAGAGGGAGAUACAGAAGGUAUGAACGAGGACGGAUCAUUCAUUGGUCAGUAUGGUCGACACCGUAAGCAAGAACCAAAUUCACAAGCAUUUGCUACGUUAGUUUAAGGACGUUUCACGGAGGACGGUUCUUUCAUUGGACAAUAUGGACCCAAGGGUAGACCAGAAGAAACACCGCCCAUUCCAAGCGGCACUAUGGCCACAUACGUGUAACCUCUGCCAUUAUCUUAUUCGAGCCGCAUAAAAAAAUUGUUUUUCUGUCAGAAGUAAGGUUACCAGCCCUUACUAAGCCGCAGCAGCUCUGCUAUGCACCUUGCGCUGGGCGCAAUGUCCAACACUAUACUGCCAAUUAGAUUUUGGUUUUGGGUUUUAUAGUUUACAUAGAAGGAUAAGUAAAAUGUUUCUAUAUUGAGCCAGUUAGGAAUAUACAAGUGAUGCACAACGUUUGUAUAUUCGUAUCGUUUAGAGUGAUUCCCCUUUAACUGUUUAAUACAUUUUAGAUGUGUUAUUCGAGUAUUCCUAAUAAUUUUUAGUAUCUCAAGUUGAUCUGUAAUAAUUAUUUCAUCCACUUAUUGCGUGUAUUUGACGGGUACAUAAUUUGUUAGUUGAUCAAAAAUGAUUUAUAAAUGAUACGUUUGUUAAAAUGUCUUAAAUUAAUUAUAAAACCCAAAGACGAUAUAGGUGUUUCAUAGCGUGCAAGCUAUUUACGAACAUGAUAAAGUAGAAAGUAUUCUAGCAUCGACAGUAACAUUUUUUGACAAAGCCAGAUUGAUGAUUUGACGCUAAAAUCACAGGGUAUACGAGUUAUGUUUAUAUUGUUCUAAGUAGGUACGGAAGGCUGCAAUAUGGGUUUUCUUUGGAUUAAGAUUGAUGCCGAGGAAAGGAAUUUCCAAAUUUCUAAGUUUAAAAAUUUACCAACAAAUGGUGAUUUUAUUUCCUUCGUCGCUACUUUCCCCAAGAAAACCUACCAUGCUCGCUACUGUACGGCACAAAAUCACGAUGUACUUUUAAGGCUGCAUAUAGGGUCACAUCCAUCCAAUCAAUAUCAAUAAUUCGUAUUGCCCAAAAUUAGUUUAUACACCGUACAGACUGAUGUUGCUUAUAUGCAAUCUUGAAAACGGAAGGACUGAUAUUUGAGAAUAGUGUCACAAUCUGGCUUCGACUGAAUCUAAUUUUUAACUAAAGAAAAAAAAAA